UAGCAACAACAACACACUAAAAGUAUUUUACAAAAAUGAGAAAAACAAAGGAUAAUAUGCUGAUGCAUGGUUUUAUAUUGGUGACUAUUUUGGCAACAGCCAAAAGUGCCGAAGCGGAAAUUACAAUGGAGGCUGCUUUUCAAGGACACUGUGGUCAUACAAGUCCCUGUGAACAAUUGUGUUACGAAAUCCAUGAUGGCAUGUACGAGUGUGAUUGCAUCGAAGGUUAUGAACUCAAUAAAAACGGUUAUAGCUGUCAAGUGAUAAAUUCAAGUGGCAGCGGUGAUGGUCAUAGCAAAUCUGAUGAAGAUGUGUUGUACCAGAAGGGAGCUUCAUUUAGUGCCAAGUUGGCCAAUAACGAUAACAAUGAUGAUAAUCAUCUAACGGCGGGUUAUUCAUCGUCCUCAGCUUUAGGUUCGUCAUCUUCCCUUACGGGUGAAUCGGGCGAAGAAGAUGAAAUGGAUGAUUCAAAUUAUCUAAGUGACGAUUUGGAUGCACUGAAUCAAAGGCAAAAUCAAAAUUCCAAUGAUUAUUACAUAUCAAACGAAAGUAGUGGUGGCAUCGAUGCCGGUUACGAGCACAACAAUCCCGUUUUAAUAGAACAACCACGACGUGUGGUGACCAUGUCAACCACAAAACCUUUAAAUCUGCUGCUUUAUCGUUACCGGCAAAGGGACCAAAAUUCAAUGGCUGCCAGUUCAACCGCAACUACGACAUCAUCUCCUUUUGCUGCAGCAGCAGCCACAGCGACCACCAGCUCCACCACAAUGGAUGGGUUUUUGAAUGGCAAUAUUGAUGAUUUAGAUGAUUACUAUUCAAAACAGGACAUGUCAGUUUACGAUGAUGUCAACAACAAUCAAUUAAAUUUAAGACCUAUCAGUCACCCAACAUAUCAACAACAGAAACAACAAGCAACAUUCAAGAAUAGCGAUCAACAACAACCUUUGGUAGCACAAACAAAUAGCAUUGUUGCUACAGAUCAACUGCAACAACAAUAUCACACAAAUAUAAUACUACAAACUGCCACGAGUGCACAACUACCACUGCAACAAUCUAAUAUGAAUGCCACAACAAGUGGCAUGAACAAAAUAUCAACAAACAUAUCGUAUAAUAUAAGUUCGUCAGAAACAAAUGAAAUUUGUAAUUUAGAAUGUGGUACAGAUGGCAUAUGCGAUAAUACAGAAGGAUCUAGUCGCUGUCUGUGUCCUUUUGGCAAAACUAACAACAAUUGUGCUGAAGAUCUCAAAGUGAGAGUACCAAAAUUUUCUAAACAUUCAUGGCUGGCCUUUCCCGCCUUAAGAGGAGCUUACAAACACGUACAAUUACGUAUAGAAUUCCGUCCUGAAUCAUUUAAUGGUAUAAUAUUGUUAAGCGGAGAACGAGACGAUUUAACGGGAGAUUUUAUGGCUCUAUUGUUAAAUAAAGGAUUUGUGGAAUUUUGGUUCGAUUGUGGCAGUGGAGCAGGCAGUGUACGAUCUCGUGAAACUAUACUAUUAAAUGAAUGGAAUUCAGUGAUUAUCUAUCGACACAGAUGGGAUGCCUGGUUGGUAUUGAACCAUGGCACCAAAGUUCAAGGCAGAUCAAAUGGGCUUUUCUCGCGAAUUACUUUCCGGGAGCCCGUAUUUUUGGGUGGCACCGGCAAUAUAACUGGCCUAGCUAAUCGUUUACCCAUAACGGAUGGUUUCUUAGGCUGCAUUAGACGUUUUAUGGCCAAUGAACAUGACUAUAAAUUUGAAGAACAUCCUCUAGGAGAUGUGGUCAAAGGAUUUGAUAUACAGGACUGUGUUACGGACAAAUGUUUCAAAUAUCCUUGUCAACAUGGUGGCAAAUGUUUGCCUUCGGACCAAGGAGCUGUUUGUUUAUGUCCCAUAGGUUUUGUAGGUGAUUUAUGUGAAAUACGCAUGGACUUACAGGUUCCUGCCUUUAAUGGUUCCUCAUUUCUGCGUUAUGCUCCUUUGGCCGAUAGCGCUUUAAUAUGGCUAGAGUUAAAGGUCAUUCUUAAACCUGAGCUGUCGGAUGGUUUAAUAUUGUAUUCUGGUCCCAAACAUCAAGGCGACUUUGUGGCAUUGGCUUUAAGUAAUGGUUUUGUGGAAUUUACUUUUGAUUUGGGCAGUGGACCUGCAGUAGUGAGGAGUCAAUAUCCCUUAAGUAUUGGCCAGUGGCAUACAAUUAAAGUGUCACGAACAGCCCGAUUAGCAGUUUUAAAGAUUGACCAAAUGCCAGAAGUAAUGACUAUAUCUUCAAAUGGUUUUUGGCACCUAUCGUUGCCAGAGAAUCUGUUCGUAGGUGGUGUAAAUCAUGUUGACAAAUUACCAAUGGAUUUGAAAAAUAAACCUUUCUUUAUGGGUUGUAUACAACGUAUUGAAAUAAAUGGCCAUUCACUGGCAAUUGUGUCUGAAGCCUUGGGAGGCACUAACAUAGGCAAUUGUCCGCAUGCCUGUGUGGCAAGACCCUGUGGUCCGUUGGCAGAGUGUGUGCCACAAAUGGAAAGUUAUGAGUGUCGUUGUAGUGCCUACAAUGCCCAAUGCAAUAAAGAGGCCGAAGUAUCGAUAGAAGAAUUGCAAAAGAAUAAGGCAUUGGCCAAGAGCAAACAGCAUGGCACACACAAUGACUUGGAGGGCAGGGAGAGCUACAAACAACAACUGCAACACCAGCAGCAUCGGAAGGGUAUUAACCAUAAGAAAUUUAAAAAGCAACAACAAAUGAUGUGGCACAAGCAGCAACAACAACAGCAACAACAUGGUAAGACCACACAAAAAACCAAGUUAACAACCACAGAAGCAGCAGCUACAACAACAACAACGACGUCUACUACUACUACUACAACAACCACAACUCCUACACCUACAACAACGACAACAGCAGCAUUAAAUUGGCAAGGAUUCAACAAUGUUGAAGUAGACAACAACUUUAUGUUUGAUGAAGUACCGGAAGCAUUGCAACACAUUUUAGACAAAGUUAAUAAUGAUAAUCAAGCGAAUGAUGAUGACUUAGACUUGGACGAUGAUGAGGAGGAGGAUGUUAUGGAAGAUGACGAUUUAGAUGAAAUCGAAGACGAUAUUAUAUUCCGUGACAUUAAAGCCAUGCAUGAACAGCAACUAGAACAACAACAACAGCUACAGCAACAAAUGUUGCAUGCAGCAACAAAAGAAAUCCUAAAUAAAUCUAAGAGCAACGUAAAAUUACAACGAAACCGCAACAAACGUAAACAUACUACUACAAGAUCUACCAGCACGACUACAACAACCACCACAACAACAGCGGCACCGCCAUCAACAACAAAAGUUUACGCCAGAAAGUAUCUGCACACCCAACAGCAGUUUGACAGCAAACCGGAUCCCCAUCAUAAGACACCGAUUGUGGAUAAACCGCAGCAUAAAUUAAGUCGUCUACCCACACACUACGAAAGCUUUCAGACCAACACCGGCAGCGACAUUUUAACCUUUGAUGACCCUGCCGCUUUGGAAAAACAAUGGCGCGACUAUGAACAGGCGUCAAGAGAAGUUAUGCAGGAACAGGAAAUGAAUAUGGAAGCCAGUGAAGAAAACGAUGAAGUUGAUGAUAAUACUGAUGAAGGUGAUGAUGAAUGGGAGGAGACAACACCCACUGCUGAGCAGGAAACACAAAAAGAAGAAACUUUUGUAAUUGAUGAAUCCCUGUUUGACGAUAGCGAUGGCACCGAGGACUAUCAACGCAAACAACUGGCCCAGGAUAUGAAACGCAUUAUGGCCAAUACCAAGGGACCCUAUGUACCCAAACAACCCAAGUUGAUUAUAACCGAAUAUGACUAUAGUAACGAACACUUCGACAAUCAGGAGGAGCAAAACAUUGAUGACAGCGAAAGAAAGAAAUCAUCUCAAGUGGACUCUACCCAAACUCAUACCGAUUGGAGUUUAUUGAGUAAAUUCGAUUUACCAUCCAAUCAAAAUCAUCCCAUAGGAGUACGUAAGAAUUUUGGAGCCUGUUUUGCCGGUCAGGACAGCUAUUUCCACUAUAAUGAUGCAGAAACCAUGAGUCAAAUCAUUAGCUACACUAUUGAUUUGAAUUUGAGAAUAAAGACGAGAUCGGAGAAUGGUGUUAUAUUGUGGACUGGACGAGUGGGUACAACCGAUCAAGAUAACGAUGAUUAUCUGUCGCUGGGCAUAGAGGAGGGUUAUCUGCACUUCCGCUAUAAUUUGGGUUCCGGCGAAGUGGACAUACGUUUUAAUACCACCAAAGUUAGCGAUGGUCUCUGGCAUCGUGUGCGUGCCAUAAGAGACUCUCAAGAGGGUUAUUUAGAGGUGGAUGGGCGCAAGAGUCCAACAUUGAGAUCACCGGGUAAAUUACGUCAAUUAAACACGGAUACAGGUUUAUAUGUUGGUGGCAUGCCCGACGCCAGUUACUUUACACGCCGAAGAUAUUCAUGCGGUAUUAUUGGCUGCAUAUCAGAAAUCGUCCUAGCCGGAGAGUUAAAAAUGAACUUUGAUCCCAAUACAUUGGGGACGGCACACAAUGUCGAAACAGGCAUACUUUGAAACGUCCAGUCGACGUUUCCCCUCACUUGAUAUUAGUUUAAAUGAAAUUUUUUAGAUUUUUAUUUGCAUAUAGAACAAAACAAAAAACAAUGAUAUUUUCACACACACAAAAAAAAAAACAAAAACCUAAAACAAAACCAAAAAAAAAAUGAAAUAUAACAUGUUUGUAAAAAGACGCUUUUAAUAAAUAAUUGAACAAAAAAGAAAAACAAAUUUUAUAAAAUGAAACUUUAAUUAUAAGUAUGAAAAAAAACGAAAGAAAAAAUUAAAAUUAAAAAUAUCAAUCACAAAUGACAAAGAAAUACUUACACACAUACACAACUACACUUGCAAGACUCGCACUAAUAUAUAAACAAAUACAUACAGACACUCUCACACUUACAGACAUACCAGAGACGAGUACCAAGAGCAGACACAAAUCAAGAGCAGGAGAUUGAAAGGAAAGAACAAGGAAAUAAAUAAAACUUUAUCAAAAAGAAUACCUUGGUGUCACUUUCAAGGAAAUAUUUAAUUGUUUACUGUUUUUUUUUGUUGAUUUGUGAGAAAUUGAAAUUAUUUUCUUUUCUUCUCUUUGUUUUUAUAUGAAAAAU